AUGCAACUCCAGGAGAGGUUCUCCCAUCUCCAGGCUGCUAGGAAAGAAGGGAGGCUUGGCGAUCACGCGGUUCGUGCAAAGACUCUUGGUAAAGUUGUUGGCAUCCCAGUGUGUGAAGGAGCUGUUAACACAAAAUGCCCAUGGAACGCAGCAGAGCUAUUUCAUCUUGAGCUGGUAGAGGGAGAAACAAUUAGAGAAUGGCUCUUCUUCGACAAGCCAAGAAGAGCAUACGAUAGUGGAAACCGAAAGCAAAGAUCACUCCCAGAUUACAGCGGAAGAGGCUGGCAUGAAUCAAGAAAGCAGCUGAUGAAGGAGCAAGCAGGCCAGAAGAGAUCUUACUAUAUGGAUCCACAGCCUCCCGGUCUCUUCGAGUGGCAUCUUUUUGAGUACCAGAUCAACGAGUCAGAUGUAUGCGCCUUGUACAGACUAGAGCUCAAACUAACAAAUGGGAAGAAGAGUCCUAAGGGAAGAGUCGCAAAAGACCCUCUAGUUGAUCUGCAGAAGAAGAUGGAGAAGAUGGGACAGUUAACACCUGAGGGGGCUUCGGACAAACCCUCUCCUCCUACCAAAGGGCGUACGAAGGCUACCAAAGAGCGUACAAAGUCUACCAACUAGCAAUCUAACUCUAGAGACUCUGGUUAUUCUUGUUUUUAGAUAGAAACAUCACUUCCCUUAACU